UUUGACCAAACCGCGUUAUAACAGAACCAAGAAAAAGGAAGGAGUCGAGAGAGAGAGACAAAGGUCAGAAGAUUUGAUUUCUCUUAUUCCUCUCCAAAGCCAAAGAAUUUACAGAGAGAUAUAUAUUCUUUUAGGGUUUUUGAGUAUCUCGCGAGGUUUUACAGAGAUUUCUCCAAUAUGGAUUCGAUGGUGAAUCAGAAGACUGUUUUGGCUGUGACAGAUGAUGUGGUGUUACCUGUUAGCUCUGUUCUAACUAUUAUGAAAGAGCUUGGCAAGGAAGUGAUUGAACGUUUUGAUCCUCUGAUUAUUACUCAAGCAUCCACAAUAAAUCAGUUUCCUUUGGAUGCUUCCUCAGUGGACGCGGUUUUAGCCAUUUCCAAAACAUCUGAUUUUCCCAGUGAUAAAAUAUGUGGUGAGUUCUCAAGAAUCUUGAAGCCUGGUGGCACGGUUUUUGUGUGCAAAGUUUUGGAGGGUGAAACGGGAGAAAUGCAACAGACUAUUCAAAGGAGAGUGACGUUGGCUGGUUUUCUGGAGCCUCAGUGUCUUGAUUUGAAAUCAAUUAAGUUGUCUACGUUCAGUUUAUCCUUUGGGAUUAAGGCAAAGAAACCUUCUUGGAAGAUUGGUUCAUCAUUUGCUCUCAAAAAGCCUGCAAAAGUUCUCUUAAAGGUUAAUCUAGAUGAUGACUUGGAUCUUAUUGAUGAAGAUUCUCUUUUAACAGAGGAGGACUUGAAGAAGCCACAGCUUCCUGUUGCCAGCGGUUGUGAGACCACCAAAAAAGCUUGCAAGAACUGUGUCUGUGGUAGAGCUGAGAUUGAGGAGAAAGCUGUCAAGCUGGGCCUCACAGAGGAUCAAAUCGAGAAUCCACAAUCAUCAUGUGGCAGCUGUGGGCUCGGUGAUGCCUUCCGCUGCGGUACAUGCCCUUACAAGGGUCUGCCACCCUUCAAAUUAGGCGAGAAGGUAUCCCUAUCUCAAAACUUCCUUGAAGCUGACAUAUAAGCAUGUGAAAGGUGCAUCUUCAUACAUGGUUGUUUCUCACCGAAGCCAAAACCUUUUGCUAAUCGCAGAGUAGUUUCAUCAUUUACUUUGUUCUCUUUCGUAUAAUUUGUUUGUUGGUACUUUUAUUUUGUGGCUCUAAAGGCUUAUAGAAGAUUGUUGGUGUUGCCCACAAAGCACAAACUUUAGUUUCAAUGAAGAACAGUUAUACAUUUCGUUAAA